AUCAGCAGUGAGGUAGUGGCAGAGGGAGCUCUGCAGCCUGUAGAGGGGGGACAAGUGCAGGGGACAGAGGCCGGGCAAAGCCAACAGCAACAACAACAACAGCAGCCGCCCCCCAAUGCCUGGCAGGUCAUCAAAGGCGUUUUAUUCAGGAUAUUUAUUAUCUGGCUGAUCAGCAGCUGGUUCCGUCGAGGGAGCUCACCCCAGGAGCCGACUGACCCCAACACAGUUGUCCAUGCUCCCAGCCGCAACCUCUUCCCCAGGGACACCUUCAUGGACCUGCGUGUGUAUAUCUCAGAGAAUGAGCAGUUCACGGAGUUUAACAACACAGAUCCCCUGUUCUGGGAGUAUCCUGACCUGGUGUACGGGGACUGGAGCAGUGGGCUGAACAGUGACGGCUGUUACGAACACUAUGGAGAAGUGAAAACGACAGAGCGAGUAAAAAACAACGGUUCUUUGUACAUUCACAUCUAUUUCACUAAGAGCGGAUUUCACCCCGACCCCUUGAGAAAGAGUCAGUACAAACGUCUAGCCACAGUCUCAACAACACGAAUGUUGAACAAGUUCAAGAGAAGAAAGUACGAGAAAACCAAGAACCUGCUGACUGGUGAGACACAGACUGACCCCGAGAUUAUUAAGAGAGCUGAAGAUUACGGGCCGGUUGAGAUCAUGUCCCAUUGGCAUCCGAAUCUGACCGUCAACAUGAUCGAUGAUCACACGGCCUGGGUAAAGGGAGCCGUGCCCCCCCCUCUAGACCAGUAUGUGAAAUUUGACGCUGUGAGUGGGGACUAUUACCCCAUCAUUUACUGUAACGAUUACUGGAACCUGCAGAAGGAUUAUUUCCCCAUUAACUCCAGCCUGGACCGGCUGCCCCUGCAGCUGACCUUCUGCCCCCUCAGCCUCUGGAAAUGGCAGCUGUACGCAGCCCAGAGCAGUAAAUCCCCCUGGAACUUCCUGGGAGAGGAUCUGUACGAACAGCCAGACGACGAGCAGGAUUCAGUCAAGGUGGCCCUGUUGGAAACGAACCCCUACCUCCUGGCCGUGACCAUCAUCGUCUCCAUCGUUCACAGCGUCUUCGAGUUUCUGGCCUUCAAAAAUGAUAUCCAGUUCUGGAACAGCCGUCAGUCCCUGGAGGGCCUGUCUGUCCGCUCGGUGAUCUUCGGGGUUUUCCAGUCGGCGGUGGUUCUGCUCUACAUCCUCGAUAACGAAACCAACUUUGUGGUUCAGGUCAGCGUCUUCAUCGGCCUCCUCAUCGACCUGUGGAAGAUCACCAAGGUCAUGGACGUUAAGAUUGACCGAGAGAACAGAGUGUUGGGGAUCAUCCCCCGACUGACCCUGAAGGACAAAUCCACUUACAUCCAAUCGUCCACCAAGAACUACGAUGACAUGGCUUUUAAGUAUUUAUCCUGGAUUCUGUUCCCGUUGUUGGGCUGUUAUGCAGUUUACAGCUUAUUAUACCUGGAGCAUAAGAGCUGGUAUUCCUGGGUCCUCAGCAUGCUCUACGGGUUCCUACUGACCUUCGGGUUUAUCACGAUGACUCCACAACUCUUCAUCAAUUAUAAGCUGAAAUCCGUGGCUCACCUGCCCUGGCGGAUGCUCACCUACAAAGCCCUCAACACCUUCAUCGAUGAUCUCUUCGCUUUUGUUAUCAAAAUGCCCAUGAUGUACAGAAUAGGGUGUCUGAGAGACGACGUGGUAUUUUUCAUCUAUCUUUACCAACGACGUAUUUACCGCGUGGACCUCACGAGGAUGAACGAGUUUGGGACGAGCGGUGAGGGUCCGGGGGCGGGACCAGUGGAGGGCGGGGCAGGGGCCAGGGCCAUCGAGGCCCCCCCAGGGGAGUCCAACAAACCCGCCGGGCCGAAGAAAAACGAUUAACAACAACAACGACAAAAUAAUAAUCCAUGAUAAUUAAUAAUUGAUCAAUUAAAAAAAAAAGGCAAACUUUGUAUCGUCCCAAUUUUAAUGUUUCAUCGACGACAAAGCGGAAGGAACGAGGAACCAUGGACUUUACGGAUCGAUCUGAUACUGAUUUUUGUAUUGACAUAAUCCCCUGUUAAAUUAGUGACGAGUUCUAGGUAAAAACGUGCUGUGCUUGUAUUUUGUCUCCUGGCUACAUAUCUGUAUUUAAGUGCAUAAUCACUGUCGUUUGUGUUCCACCAACGGGUGGAAUAUCUGGUCCAUUAAAUGGCGAAUAAGGUUUAAAUUUCCCGUAUUUGUCCACAGACCUUCUUCUGUGUGUCCUCUGGGGGGAACAAACCAGAAUUUUUUUNAAUAUAUAAAUGUAUGUAUAUGGUUUUAAAUUAAAUUAAAAUAAAAGUAAAUAGCAACAGUUUAGUUUAGUGACUGACGGAUUAGUUUAGGGACAGACAGGACUGAUCGCAAGGCUGUUAGGGUUAGAGACGAGAGGCGGGUCAGAGACUUGCGAAUUAAUCUCAAAGCGUUUGAUUUGACACAAAUUCCUCUUCGUUCAAGUUUAGAUUCACAUUGAUUUGAGGUGGAGUUGGAGUUGUGAAAUUCAGUUUAAAGAAAAUGGCACAAAAGAUGUGUUAAUGAGAACUCCUCCUCCACUCGUUCUCUUUCCUUCUUCCUCCUUCCCUCCUUUCAUCCCAUAGACACAUAGAUAUAUAUACACAGACACACACAUAUACACAGACACACACACAGAGACACAGGCACAUAUACAGACACACAUACGUAGACAAACACCGAGACACACACAUAUACAUAGAUACACAUAUAGACAAACACAGACACACACAAAUUCACGAGCGAACUGACCUGGGACCAGUGAGUGUGAAUUAAAACCAGCAAAGCAAAAGUUUAGCGAGGUUUGAGGCAGAAUGAAGUGUGUAUGUGUGAUUGUGUGUGUGUGAUUGUGUGUGUGCACUGGGAAACUAUUACUGAAUGACUUGAGGGGUUGAUUUCCAAAUUGUGAUUUACUUCCCUGAGUUAUUGUGACGAUAAUAAAAGUACGAUUCCUUGCUUUGCUAACUCUUAGCAGUCACUGACCUCUGCUCAUUCCACCUCUCCACUCCAACGCCCAAACUUAAACCUAAACCCCUGCUAAUAGUUCAUCUCUGGUAGUUUUCUCAAAACUAGUGACCCCCACUUCGCCCCCAUCCCUUCCCCCCUCUCUCCACACUCCACCCUCCCAGAGAAAAAAUAUGCCAAUUGAAAAUAAAACGUUUAGCGCACAUUUCCAAAGUAUUACUCCUGUAUUGAAACUCCUUUCGCCAAAACACACUUGUGUACAAAAAGACGAUUAAAUACAUUUCAUCAUUAAAAA